GUAAUCUGUGCCGCAAAAAUCAAAUCUGUGUCAUGUCGACUGUCGGACGGUCGUGUCGCUAAAUAUUUUAGGGUGUGUUUAUGGCGUGAUAAAUUAUUAUUUAAAGCUGUUGUAGUGAGAUUGAGAGUAGUUUUGAAAAUUUGACGAAUAGUGGUGAUAAUGUUACGGGUUAUACUGGAUAAAUUUUGGAAUGAAGAUGUGUGGUUACCGCCGAAUACGACUUGGGAAGAUCUUGCACCGGGUCCAGACAAGGCGGUGGUUUACAAUGACUAUAGGCACCUCCUGUACCCCCUGCCCUUGGCACUGGUGCUGAUAGUCCUGCGGCGUACUCUAGAGGAGUAUUGGUUUGCCCCAUUUGGCAAAUCCUUAGGCAUUAAGAAUACUAGAUCAAAGAAAGCCCCAAGUAAUCCUAAAUUGGAGAAUGCAUAUCAAUUAUCACCAAAAAUUAAGCAUAAACAGUUCUUUUUGAACAAGGAUGAGAUAUGUUCGUUAGCAAAGCAACUCGACAUGACAGAGAGGCAGGUGGAACGAUGGUGGAGGUUAAGAAGGAGCCAGGAUAAACCCUCGACCCUGGUGAAGUUCUGUGAGAAUAUGUGGAGGUUCACAUUUUACUUGUACAACUUCUCCUACGGUGUCUUCAUAUUGUGGGAGAAGGAGUGGCUUUGGGAUAUCGAUCAGUGUUAUAUCGGAUAUCCGCACCAGGGCCUCACCAACGACAUCUGGUGGUACUACAUGAUAUCAGCAGCGUUUUAUUGGGCGCUGACGUUCUCCCAGUUCUGGGACGUGCGGCGCAAGGACUUCUGGCAGAUGUUCGUGCACCACAUCGCCACCAUCCUGCUGCUGUCCUUCAGCUGGGUCUGCAACCUGCACAGGAUCGGCACGCUCGUGCUCUUAGUCCAUGACUGUGCGGAUAUUUUCUUGGACGCAGCGAAAGCAGCGAAAUACGCCAAUUAUCAACGGCUGUGUGACACUAUCUUCGCUGGUUUUACUGUCUUAUGGAUUGUUUCAAGACUCUUCGUCUAUCCGUUCUACAUUAUUUGGAGUACAUCAAUCCGCGCUCCCAUGCUGCUCCCGAUGUUCCCCGCCUACUACAUCUUCAACUCGCUGCUGUGUCUACUAUUAGGCUUGCAUAUGGUAUGGACCUGGCUUAUACUGCAGGUCGCCUAUAAGGCUAUUAGUGCUGGACAGAUGGAAGGCGACAUCAGAAGUUCUAGUUCGGAAAUAAGCGACAGUUCACACCAAUCGAACCACAGCACGCCGAAUCGUGUCAAUAAUAAAAAAGUGAGACUCGUGAGAUAUACGAGAACCGCAGGAGGGACUCUCAUUCGGCGACCGCCGAAGUCUUAGGGCAAGGUCUCGAUACCCGGUGUGAACCGGCAAGUGAAAAUAAAAACAGAGACAUAGGGUCAGGCCGACCGUCCAGGCGUUCUGCUCAGCGUCCGUGGCGCCAUCUGGCGGCCACAAACAUGACUACAUCACUCCACGUUACGAGGUUGUAACUAGUAUAUCAUUAAUUAUACAAGGGGCCACGUUUACAUUUUGUAUUUAUGACAAACUGUCUGUUCUUUAAGUCUUUGACUGCCAAUAGAAAACUGUUGAAGGCAAAUCCUCCGCUAACGUCGGUCACCGGUGACCACCACGGCGUUCAAUGUGUUAAGUUUUAUAUAUCAGCAUCAUCAGUUGGGAGUUGUCUAUUGCUGAAUAAAAGCUUCCCCUUAAGCAGGGUUGCAAUAAUUCCCGCGCUUGACAGGCUUUGCUAUGCAAUUUUUUAACCAAAUGUAUACAAAUGUUGUUUUAUAAUGUCUAUUUUUAUGUUUAUUACAUUAAAGUAUUUUAAAGAAGCCUUACAAAGACCACAAUCAUGAGAAUAAUUUAUUAAUUUAUUUAUGAUAGUCGUUGUUGACUGCACAAAACCUCGAUCUACAAGAUUAUUUAAUAACUUUAAGCUUAUUUAAAAUAUAUCUCAGUAAUGUGGCCCCAAAACGUUCGUCCUAUUAUGUUGUUCAUUCAUUCGUGAAUGAACGAAACGAGCUAUUGAUAAGUCCGUAUUUAUAAUGAACACGUGAGAUUUCUAAGUAUUGAUAAACGUAAA